UCUUUAACUACACUCUAUCCUGGCAACAAGUCAAGAAUUAAAGAUGAAAAUAUCUUGGAACAAAUGCAGUUGAAAGUUUAUGCCAAUAGCUUGUCACGAGCUGUCAUCACUCUUGAACAACGGUUAAUUCUAUCAUUUACAGAAACCAAAGAACUAUUGAAAGACGUCUCCUUUCCACUUGAUUGUAAUGUUGCAGCUGGAAAUCGAGACUUGGUAUUUAAAUUAGAAAACGUAUUAAACGGAUGGUCCACAAUGAUAGAGACAGUGCUGGCUGAGAGUGAGCAACUACGGCGAGAGGAGAAUGAUGUUGGACCCCAGGCUGAGCUGAUUUAUUGGAAAAGUAGAAUGUUUAAAUUCAAUAAUGUUCUGGAACAGUUGAAAAGUAAGGAAGCGAAGUCAGUUAUGACUAUUCUACAAGCAGCCAAAUCUAAACUGAUUAAAAAGUGGAUUGAAUUGAGUGGCCGUAUUACCGAUGUUGCUAAUGAAGCGAGAGAUAAUGUGAAAUAUCUUCAUAUUUUGGAUAAAUUUCUUGAUCCGAUAAUCUCUGCAACUAAUCCUAAUAGAAUUGCCGACCACAUAUCCAGUCUUAUGAAUGCAAUACAGAUGAUUUACUGUAAUUCCCAAUAUUUCAAUACCUCUGAAAGGAUGACAUCAUUGUUUGUUAAAAUAACUAACCAGUUGAUAUCGACAUGCAAGGCUUACUUGUUGGAGGAUGAAUACAAAAUAUGGGAUCGGCAAAAAGAUGUGGUAAUACCAAUGCUGCAAGAUUGCAUGAAACUGAAUGAAAAGUACCAUGAAGAAUUCUGUAAAACAAAAGAAUAUCUCAAAUAUCAACCUUCUAAAAGACAAUUUGAAUUCAGUGAACACUGCAUAUUUUGGAAAUUUGAUGCUUUUUGCAAGAGACUUGAAAAGAUCCAAGAGACUAUUGACACAAUAAACGUAUUUCUUCUUAUGAAAGAUAUCAAAAUUGAUGGCAUAGAGUCUGUUUUGGUGAAAAACAAGACGAUUAUAGAAACGAUGAAGAAAAAGAAUUAUGACAUAUUUGAUUACAGAAAUAAUGAGUUUGAUCAAGACUAUGUAAAUUUCAUGAGUCAAAUUGACUAUCUGUGUUUGAUGAUACUCGUACUCAUUGACAGCUGGAUUGAAAGAUUUUCUACACAACGUGCUCUAGCGCUUAUACUGAAAUUUGAGAUGAUCAACAAGCUGGACCUCAACGAGCGUUUCUUUACUUUGUUGAGAAACUAUGGCAAAGACUUAGAAACAAUUCGUAAGCUCUACCAAAAGCAAAGAGCAGACCCAGAGAUCCCUAACAACAUACCACCAACAGCUGGUCGAAUUAUGUGGGCUCAGCAGUUACACAGGAAGAUUGAAGAACCAAUGAAAUGUUUUAUAAAGAAACCUGAAAUUGUGAAACACCCGGAUGGACAGAGGAUAAUGGCUAAUUACAGAAAGUUAACAAAAUGUUUGCAGACUUAUGAGCUUUGCUAUUAUCACAGUUGGUAUAAAGCUGUGGUGAGUAUUAAAAGAAAUCUACAUAUUCCACUUCUAAUGUAUGCUCCUGCAAAUGAUGAACUGUUUGUAAAUUUUGAUAUACAAAUUUUUGAUGCUAUACUGGAAACAAAAUGGAUCAUGUACUUAGGACUUGAUGCUCCAGGGAAGGCCAAAGAUAUGGUUGCCAAGGAAAGUUCACUCAAAAUCCUGUUACCUUGGUUUCAAGAUGUGCUUAAUGAAUUCAAACAUAUCAAAGCAAAGAUUCCAUCCUUGCUGAUACCAGUGAUGGGCCCAUACUAUUCUGACAUAUAUGAUAGUUUUGAGCCGGGUAUGAAGUCCCUGACUUGGACAUCUAUUAAUAUUGACACAUACAUCAAGACAUCAAAAGAAGCUGUUGAUAGAUUCAAGGUACUUGUGAAACGAGUGACAGAUCUCUUGGAAUGUCAGAUUGAUGGCACUUUGGAGAAAAUGUCAAUGACAACACUCUGUUCUAUACCUGAUAAUCAUGCAUUAACUAUUGAUGAUUUUGUUGAAGAAACUACCAAAGUCGUAGCAGAAGCUGCUACUAACUUAAGUGUUUCAAGCAAACUGAUUGAAAUGUCUGUUGGGGAACUUUUCGAUUUACUGAAGUCAAACUUGGAACUAGAUGUGAAAAAAUACCUUAUAGCUGAGAAUGGUUACCCGUGUACUAAUCCAGAUACCAAAUAUAAAAAUCAGCCUUGCAAUGAAUGCCUAGCUUGUGGUUACCAUAACAUGCUAAUUUACUUCACACAGAAAAACACUGAUGCUCUUGUAAAGAGCACUCGUAUGACUCUUAAUUUGUUGAAAAGAACACUUCAGAGCAACACUCAGUAUAAAGGAGAUGUAAAAUCUUACUGGCAGCCAGCCUUAUUCAAAAGCGACAUAAUACUUGAAAUCCCAGAUGUAGUCUUGAGACCUAGCCUUGAAGAUCUACAGCAUGGACUUAACAAAGCAGUGAAUAUUAUCAUCAACAUGGCCCAGAAUAUUGAACCAUGGAGGCACUUGGCAACUGCUGUGCCCGAAUCAAGUGACGUAGACAUUACAGAAAGUGGAGAUGAACAAGCAAAAGUGGUACCUGAUCAAUCACCAAAGACAUUCUUCAAAAUAAUUAGUGAACAUAAAGAUAUUGUAAAAAUUGUGAUCCAACUAAACUCCACACUUACCAUCAUGAAAGCAAAUGUUCAACAAAUUCUGAAAAAGUUUUCAAAAUAUUCAGAACUUUGGACUCGGGAUAUGAAUGAGGUUAUCAAGGAGCUGGUGGCUAGUAACCCAGGUGUUUCUGAAUUUGAAGAAAAUCUUCGUCACUUUAGGAAUUUACAACAAGAAAUUGAGCAGAUUGAAUCCAGCUACACUGUUGGACCAAUAGAAAUGAUGACAGAAAACUUAAAAACGUCCCUUACUACAGAAGUCAAAGCUUGGGAAUAUUCAUAUGCAAAGGCUCUAAAUGAAAUCUCUGCACAAAAGAUGAAUACUGUCUUCUCUUUCUUUGAUCGUAUGAUGAAAAGCUUGUCCCACCCUGUUAAAGAUUUGGAUGAUGUACGUGCACUGAUGGCAGCCAUAACAGAAGGAAAAGAAGCCGAAGUGUCAGUUGAACUUAAUUUCAUUCCCAUAGAAGAGGCUUAUUCUUUGUUACAUAAGUAUGGCAUUGUUUUUAAUGAUGGAAAUGCUGAACGCCUUGAUUCAUUUGCCUACCUGUUUUCAAAAGUGAAAACACUGGCUCUAGAAGUUCAAGGAAUGCUAUUGGAAAUCCAACCUCAAUUCAAGACAGAGUUGUCAGCUGGUGUUGAACAGUUUGCUGUGGACUACACUCAAUUUCUUGAUGAUUAUUCGACGAAAGGCCCAAUGGAAGAAGGUAUAGAGCCUAGAGAAGCAUCUGAUAGAAUGAAGAUUUUCCAGUGCAUAUUUGAUGAAUUAUGGGGUAAAUACUUAACCUACUCUGGAGGUGAAGAGCUCUUUGGUCUGCCAGUUACUGAAUACCCUGAUUUACUGAGAAUAAAGAAAGAGCUAAAUCUUUUACAAAAACUUUACCAGCUUUAUAAUGCAGUACUGGCCUCUGUGAGUGGAUAUUAUGACAUACCCUGGACUGAAAUUGAUAUUGAUAAAAUAAAUGCAGAACUUCUUGAAUUCCAAACUAGGUGUCGGAAGCUGCCGAAGGCUUUGAAGCAGUGGAAGGCCUUUUUUGAUUUAAGCAAGACAAUUGAUGAUUUUAAUGAGACUUGCCCUCUGCUUGAAAUGAUGGCAAACAAAGCCAUGCAACCAAGGCAUUGGGAAAGAAUUGAGGCACUUACAAAGCACAAAUUCGAUGUAGAAUCUGACACUUUCCUUUUGAAGAAUUUGAUGGAAGCACCAUUAUUACCGAACAAGGAAGAUAUUGAGGAUGUAUGUAUAUCUGCUGUGAAAGAAAAAGAUAUUGAAGCAAAGUUGAAACAAGUCAUACAAGAAUGGGCCACACAGGAAUUAGCUUUCUCUACCUUCAAAAAUCGUGGGGAGUUAUUGUUAAAAGGUGAUACUAUUACUGAAGCUAUUUCUUUGAAUGAAGACAGUUUGAUGGUCUUGGGAUCACUUCUUAGUAACAGAUACAAUAUUCCAUUUAAAGCAGCCAUUCAAACCUGGGUUACAAAUCUGUCAACCACUGCUGAAAUCAUUGAGAACUGGAUCAUGGUACAAAAUCUUUGGAUUUAUUUGGAGGCUGUCUUUGUUGGAGGUGAUAUUGCCAAACAACUCCCACAGGAAGCCAAGCGGUUUAGCACCAUUGACAAAUCCUGGGUGAGGAUCAUGCAACGUGCCCACGAGAUACCUAAUAUUGUAGCCUGCUGUGUUGGUGAUGAUAUUUUAUCCCAGCAGUUACCUUAUCUAUUAGAGCAGUUGGAGAUGUGUCAGAGGUCACUUACUGGUUAUCUUGAGAAGAAGAGAUUGGUUUUCCCUCGUUUCUUUUUUGUGUCUGAUCCAGCUCUGCUAGAAAUCCUUGGGCAGGCUAGUGAUUCUCAUACAAUUCAAUCUCAUCUGUUGAGUUGUUUUGACAACAUAAAAUCAGUGAGGUUUGAUGAAAAGAACUAUGAUAAGAUCUUGUCUGUACAUUCAUCUGAAAACGAAACUGUCACUCUUGAUGAAACAGUACUUGCUCAGGGCAAUGUUGAAGUUUGGCUGGGAGAUUUAUUGAGAGUAUCUCGCCACUCUUUACAUGCAGUUAUCCGAAGUUCUUACUUUGCAACUAGUGAUCCAAUGUUUAAGCUCAUUGAGUUUCAAAAUGCUUAUCCAGCUCAAGUUGGCCUGUUAGGCUUACAGAUAAUGUGGACCAGAGAUUCUGAAGAGGCCCUCAGUCGAGCUCGAGUUGAUAAGAAAAUUAUGGGAACAAUCAACGACAAAUUUGGAGAUAUCCUUAAUGAGUUAAUUAAUGUAACAAUGCAAGAACUCAGCAAAGUAGACCGUACCAAGUUUGAGACUCUUGUUACUAUACAUGUGCAUCAAAAAGACAUUUUUGAGGACUUGGUACGCAUGCAUAUUAGGUCAGUUAAUGACUUUGAAUGGUUGAAGCAGUCCCGAUUUAGCUUCAAAGAAGACAUAGAUCAGUGUAUAAUUUCCAUCACAGAUGUCAAUUUCACUUAUAUGAAUGAAUUUCUUGGAUGUACUGAUCGUCUGGUCAUCACCCCUCUUACUGACAGAUGUUAUAUAAGUCUUGCUCAAGCACUUGGAAUGUCACUUGGUGGUGCUCCAGCUGGACCAGCUGGAACAGGCAAAACUGAAACAACAAAAGAUAUGGGUCGAUGCCUUGGUAAAUAUGUUGUCAUAUUUAACUGCUCAGAUCAAAUGGAUUACAGAGGACUUGGAAGAAUUUAUAAAGGUUUGGCACAGUCUGGCUCAUGGGGCUGUUUUGAUGAGUUCAACAGAAUUGAGUUACCUGUACUAUCUGUAGCUGCUCAACAAAUUGCUAUUGUCCUUACAUGCAAGAAAGAGAGAAAGCCAAAUUUUAUCUUUACUGAUGGAACCUCUGUUGAUAUGGAUCCAGAAUUUGGGCUUUUUAUCACCAUGAAUCCUGGGUAUGCAGGACGCCAAGAGUUGCCUGAGAACUUAAAAAUCAAUUUCCGUACUGUUGCAAUGAUGGUUCCAGAUCGUGGAAUAAUAAUGAGAGUAAAAAUGGCAAGCUGUGGUUUCCAGCAGAAUAUUCUACUCGCUCAAAAGUUUUUCACCUUAUACAAACUUUGUGAGGAACAGCUUACAAAGCAGGUUCACUAUGAUUUUGGUCUGAGAAAUAUUUUGUCUGUAUUGAGAAUUCUUGGUUCAAGUAAAAGAGAAAACCAGCAAGACAGUGAAGCCACUAUUGUAAUGAGAGUUCUUAGAGACAUGAACUUGUCAAAGCUGGUUGAUGAAGAUGAGCCACUAUUCAUGUCUUUGAUUGAUGAUUUAUUUCCUGGCAUGAAACUUGAAAAAGCUGGUUAUCCACAAAUAGAAGCUGCUAUCUGUAAACAAGUUACUGAUAAUGGUUUAAUAGUUCAUCCCCCAUGGAUUUUGAAACUGGUGCAGUUAUAUGAAACACAAAGUGUACGGCAUGGUAUGAUGACAUUAGGACCAUCAGGAAGUGGUAAAACCAAAUGUAUCCACAUGUUACAGAAGGCCCUUACUGCAUGUGGUUUCCCCCACAAAGAAAUGAGAAUGAAUCCUAAAGCCAUUACGGCUCCACAAAUGUUUGGUAGGUUGGAUGUUGCUACUAAUGACUGGACAGAUGGAAUUUUCUCAACCCUAUGGAGAAAGACACUGAAAUCCAAAAAGGGUGAACAUAUUUGGAUUGUCUUAGAUGGACCAGUUGAUGCUAUUUGGAUAGAAAACUUAAACUCAGUGUUGGAUGAUAACAAAACGCUUACCCUUGCAAAUGGUGACCGUAUACCAAUGGCACCCCUUUGCAAAAUUAUAUUUGAAGUCCAUAAUAUUGAUAAUGCUUCCCCUGCCACUGUGUCACGAAAUGGAAUGGUUUUUAUGAGCAGUUCUAUUCUCAAUUGGGAUCCUUUACUUCAAGCCUGGCUUGCUACGAAACCACUUGGGAUAAGAUCAAUUGUGUACGGCAUAUUCGAAGAGACUUUUCCCAACUCUUAUAUAUUCUUACUUCAAAAUUUAUGUGCCAAAAUGCAGCUGCUUGAAUGCAAUUAUGUUGCACAAGCCCUAACAAUUAUGGAAGGAUAUCUGCCUGGAGAGGAAGAAUUGAAAGAUAUAGCUACCGAAAAACUUCAAAAUAUUGUUGUUUUCGCAUUGAUGUGGUCCCUAGGUUCUUUGCUGGAACUUGAUGACAGAUUAAAGCUUGAGAUAUUUUGGAAAGAAAGCUUUUCGAUACCAUUGCCACCCGUCACAGAAUCACAAACAAUAUUUGAAUAUGUUGUGUCUGAUAAAGGAAUGUGGGAACAUUGGUCUGAGAGGAUAACUCAAUACGUAUACCCUAAGGAUUCUACUCCAGACUACACAACAAUCUUAAUUCCAAACAUUGACAAUGUACGCACUGAUUUCCUUAUCCAUUUGGUUGCAAAGCAAUGUAAAGCAGUUUUAUUGAUUGGAGAACAGGGAACUGCGAAGACUGUCAUGGUGCAAGCCUAUUGCAGUAAAUACAAUCCAGAAGAACACCUUUUCAAGAGUUUUAGCUUUUCCAGUGCUUCAACUCCAUUAAUGUUUCAACGUACUAUGGAAAGUUAUGUGGAAAAAAGAAUGGGUACAACAUAUGGCCCCCCAGCUGGAAAAAGACUCACUAUAUUUAUUGAUGACAUCAAUAUGCCUAUUAUCAAUGAGUGGGGUGAUCAGGUCACAAAUGAAAUUACUCGGCAAAUGAUAGAAAUGAAUGGAUUCUAUAACCUUGAAAAACCUGGAGAAUUUACAACAAUUACUGAUAUCCAGUUGUUGGCUGCAAUGAUUCAUCCUGGAGGAGGCCGAAAUGAUAUUCCUCAGAGACUCAAACGUCAGUUCUCUAUCUUUAACUGUACUCUGCCUUCAAACAAUUCUGUUGAUCAAAUUUUUCAAACUAUUGGUUGUGGACAUUUUUGCAAGGAAAGACACUUCCCUGAAAGUGUUAUUGAAAUGAUUCCUAUACUCAUACCUGCAACCAGAAAGUUAUGGCAAGAUAUAAAAGUGAAAAUGCUACCAACUCCAGCCAAAUUUCAUUAUGUUUUUAAUUUGAGAGAUCUCAGUAGAAUAUGGCAGGGCAUGUUGAAAAGUGAAGCAGAGGUUAUCAACUCAGCAGAAAGUAUUGUUUGUCUUUGGAAACACGAAUGCACUAGAGUGUUGGUUGACCGCUUUAUCAAUGUAGACGAUAAGAAUUGGUUUGAGAAAGUAUCUAAGGAGCUCAACAGGGAUGUCCUGCAAACCUUGGUAGAAAAGCUUGGAUUUAAGCCUUAUUUUGUAAAUUUUCUCCGGGAUCCGCCAGAAGCCACAGGGGAUGAAGCAGAGGAUGCAGAGAUAGAGAUCCCAAAAGUAUAUGAAGAGAUUUACACUUUUCCAGAACUGAAUCAUCGAUUGAUAAGUUUUAUGACUCUAUAUAAUGAAGCUAUCAGAGGAGCUCAUAUGGAUCUUGUCUUUUUUAAGGAUGCUAUGAUUCACCUUAUUAAAAUAUCCCGGAUUAUUUGCACGACUAAAGGACAUGCUCUUCUUGUUGGUGUUGGUGGCUCAGGAAAACAGAGUCUUACACGACUGGCCUCAUUCAUUGCUGGGUAUACCACUUUCCAAAUCACUUUGACCAGAUCAUAUACUACAUCGAACCUAAUGGAUGACCUCAAGUAUCUUUAUCGUACUGCUGGACAGCAUGGGAAAGGUAUUACCUUUCUGUUUACUGACAAUGAAAUCAAAGAAGAAGGUUUUCUUGGCUUUUUGAAUAAUAUCCUUGCAACAGGAGAAGUUGCCAACCUGUUUGCCAGAGAUGAAAUCGAUGAAAUUAUUCAGGAAUUAUUUGCUCCAAUGAAGAAGGACUUUCCAAGACGUCCGCCAACAAAUGAGAAUUGUUAUGAUUAUUAUCUCAGCCGUGUCAAGAAGAAUUUGCAUGUGGUUUUGUGUUUCUCCCCAGUUGGAGAGAAAUUCCGAAGCCGAGCAUUGCAGUUCCCUGGUUUGAUUUCUGGAUGUACUAUGGACUGGUUUCAAGGUUGGCCAAGAGAUGCUUUGGUGGCUGUGUCAAAUCAUUUCCUUGCAUCUUUUGAAAUAAUUUGUUCAGAUCCUGUGAAAGAAGCUGUGAUAGAGACUAUGGGUUCUUAUCAGGAUAUUGUGUCUGGAUUAUCUGUUGACUAUUUCAACAGCUACCGCCGACAGACACACGUGACACCAAAAUCUUACUUGUCCUUCAUCAAAGGCUAUAAACAAAUAUAUACUGAGAAGAAAAAAGAAAUUGGAUUUCUGGCUGAUCGGAUGAAUACAGGUCUAAGUAAAUUGGUGGAAGCUUCAGAAGCAGUCAACGAACUCUCAUUGGAACUUGUUGAGAAAGAAAAAGAGCUUGAAAUUGCUUCCCAAGAAGCAGACGUAGUCUUAAAGGAAGUUACCAUAAAAGCCCAAGCAGCCGAAAAGGUUAAACGUCAAGUACAAGCAGUGAAGGACAAGGCCCAGGCUAUUGUGGAUCUUAUAUCAGAUGACAAAGCAAUUGCAGAGAAGAAAUUGGAAGCUGCCAAACCUGCCCUUCUAGAAGCAGAAUUGGCUUUACAGACCAUCAAACCAGCACAUAUAUCAACAGUGAAAAAACUGGCUAAACCUCCACACUUAAUUAUGAGAAUUAUGGAUGUUGUACUGAUAUUGUUUCAACGGAGACUUGAUAUCUCAACAAAAGACCCUGAUUUGAAUUGUCCAAAACCUUCAUGGAGUGAAGCAUUGAAGUUAAUGUCUGGCAACUUCUUGAAUGGACUCCUCACAUUUCCGAAAGAUACUAUAAACAGUGAGACUGUUGAGCUAAUGCAAAUAUAUCUGAGAAUGGAGGAUUAUACAUUUGAAACAGCCAAGAAAGUAUGUGGUGAUGUUGCAGGACUUCUGUCGUGGACUUGUGCAAUGGCUAUAUUUUUUGGUAUCAACAAAGAGGUUUUGCCUUUGAAAGCUAAUUUAGUUGCACAAGAGGCUCGUUUGAAGACUGCUAAUCAAGAUCUCGAAAUAGCUCAAUCUCAAUUAGAUGAGAAGCAGGCUGAGUUAGAUGUUGUGCAGGCAGUAUAUGAUGAAGCUAUGAGGAAGAAGCAGGCUCUUGUUGAUGAUGCUGAUAAUUGCCGUAGGAAGAUGGGCAAUGCUACAGCAUUGAUAGAAGGACUCAGUGGGGAGAAAAUACGUUGGACAGAUGCCAGCAAAGAUUUUGCUCGGCAGAUACAGAAUCUAGUAGGAAAUGUACUGUUGGCGACCGGCUUUCUUUCAUAUACUGGACCCUAUAACCAAGAGUUCCGUGACAAACUGAUGAAUGCUUGGAAGCAGGAAAUGACCAAAGCUAAAAUACCAUUUACACCAAAACUAGACAUCAUAAACAUGUUAGUAGACACGACUACAAUUACUGAAUGGAACUUGCAAGGUUUACCCAAUGAUGAACUUUCUACACAGAAUGGACUGAUUGUAAACAAAGCAGCUCUCUUCCCUCUACUCAUUGACCCACAAGGACAAGGAAAGGCCUGGAUUAAGAACCGAGAAAAAGAAAAUAAUCUUCAAAUUACUUCUCUGAAUCACAAAUACUUUCGAACCCACCUAGAAGAUAGUUUGUCUGCUGGUCGACCAUUAUUGAUUGAAGAUAUAGAAGAAGAACUUGACCCAGCAUUGGAUAACAUCCUAGAAAAAAAUGUUAUCAAAAUUGGUACCAAUUACAAGGUGAAAAUUGGUGACAAAGAAGUAGACUAUGACAAAUACUUUCGCCUGUACAUCACUACCAAAUUGUCAAAUCCUGCAUAUACCCCUGAAAUUUCUGCCCGCUCCUCUAUUAUUGAUUUCACUGUUACUUUAAAAGGACUCGAAGACCAGCUUCUUAGCAUAGUUAUCGUAAAAGAGAAACAGGAAUUAGAAAGUGAAAGGACAAAAAUGCUGGAAGAAGUUACAUCAAAUAAGCGUAAAAUCCAGGAAUUAGAGGAUGCCUUACUCCACCAGUUGACAUCUACAGAAGGUUCCCUUGUUGAAGAUGAAUCUCUGAUACAGGUGUUGGAGAAUACUAAAACUACAGCAGCAGAUAUUGCAGAAAAGCUAAGGGUUGCAGCAGAAACAGAAAUCAUGAUAAAUGCUGCCAGAGAAGAAUUCCGGCCAGUUGCAUCACAAGGCAGUAUUGCUUACUUUGUCAUUGUGGAAAUGAGUUUAGUGAAUGUGAUGUACCAAACAUCACUGAAACAGUUCCUGGGAAUCUUUGAUUACUCCAUUAAGAAAUCUGCCAAGUCACCGGUCACAUCUAAACGUAUAAUGAACAUUAUCGAACACUUUACCUUCAAGAUAUUCUCAUACACCUGCCGUGGUCUGUAUGAACGAGAUAAGUUUCUGUUUACUCUUCUCCUCACAAUCAAGAUUGCCAUUGCUUCUGGAGCUAUCACACCUUUGGAAUUUGAUACAUUUAUUAAAGGAGGAGCAGCUCUCGAUUUGAAUGCUGUCCAACCAAAGCCAAAGAAGUGGAUCUCAGAUAUGACUUGGCUUAAUUUGGUGACUUUGAGUAACUUACCACAGUUUGGACAGAUUCUUGGACAGGUGUCAAGAAAUGAUAAGGCAUGGAAACAUUGGUUUGAUGAUAAUGUCCCAGAAGAGGCCCAAAUACCAGAUGGCUACACUGAAUCAUUAGAUUCUUGGCACAAACUGUUACUGAUACGCUCAUGGUGUCCAGAUCGUGUUAUUCCUAUGGCAAGGAUAUUUGUUUCUGAAGCAAUGGGACCUCAGUUUGCCGAAAGUGGAAUUUUGAAUUUAGAAGAUAUCUGUGAUGAAUCUGACAAUCACACUCCUUUGAUUUGCUUUCUGUCAAUGGGUUCUGAUCCGACAAGCAAUAUUGAGAAGCUUGCUAAAAAGAAAGUUAUGAAAUGUGGUGCCAUAUCCAUGGGACAAGGUCAAGAGGUCCAUGCCAGAAAAUUAGUGAGUAUGUCAAUGCAAGAGGGUCAUUGGGUCUUGCUACAGAACUGCCAUCUUGGAUUAGAAUUCAUGACUGAAUUAUUUGUCACUGUGACUACUAUAGAUAAAAUCAAUGAGGACUUCCGUUGUUGGGUAACCACAGAAGAACAUCCAAAGUUCCCAAUUAAUCUUCUCCAGGUGUCUCUUAAAUUUACCAAUGAGCCACCCCAGGGAAUAAAAGCUGGGUUAAAAAGGACUUAUGGCAAUGUGACGCAGGAGCAACUGGAUAUUAAUGCUACACUAACAUGGAAAAUAAUGUUGUACGCUGUAGGAUUUCUGCACACAACUGUUCAAGAAAGGAGGAAAUUUGGCCCGAUAGGCUGGAAUAUUCCCUAUGAGUUCAACCAAGCAGAUUUCACAGCAACUGUGCAAUUCAUUCAGACACAUUUAGAUGAAAUUGACCCCAAGAAAGGAGUUUCCUGGAGCACAGUUCGUUACAUGAUCAGUGAAGUGCAAUAUGGUGGUCGUGUCACUGAUGAUUAUGACAAAAGGCUGUUGAAUACUUUUGCUAAAGUGUGGUUUUGUGAAGAGAUGUUUUCAGAUACUUUCAGUUUCUAUACUGGUUACACAAUACCAAAAUCAAGGAUGCUUGAGGAUUUCCGCCAGUUUAUUGAACAACUCCCUCCUGUGGACACACCACAAGCUUUUGGUUUACAUCCCAAUGCUGAUAUUACAUAUCAAACCAAUACAGCCAAUGAUCUACUUUUGACUAUGAUGAAUAUUCAACCAAAAGAAUCCCGAGGUGGAGAAGGUGAGACUAGAGAAAGUGUUGUCUACAGACAUGCUGAUGACAUGCUUGAGAAAAUGCCACAUAAUUAUAACCCAUUUGAGGUGAAAGAACGUCUAAAAAAGAUGGGAAUAAUCCAGCCCAUGAAUAUCUUUCUGCGACAAGAAGUGGACCGCAUGCAAUUAGUUAUUUCAGCAGUUCGUAGCACAUUGGUCAACCUGAAACUUGGUAUAGAUGGUACAAUCAUCAUCAAUGAGAAUCUUAGAGAUGCUUUAGACAACAUAUUUAAUGCAAGAGUGCCAGUCUCCUGGAAGAAGAUUUCAUGGGAUGCUGCAACUUUAGGAUUUUGGUUCACAGAUCUCAUUGAAAGAAAUGAACAGUUUUACAACUGGGUGUUUGAAGGACGUCCCAAUUAUUUUUGGAUGACUGGUUUCUUUAAUCCUCAAGGUUUUCUCACUGCUAUGCGCCAGGAGAUCACAAGGGCACACAAAGGUUGGGCCUUAGAUGCUGUUGUUUUAAACAACAAUGUCACAAAAUCAAUGAAAGAGGAUAUCAAUUCUGCUCCACAGGAAGGUGUAUAUGUACAUGGACUUUUCUUGGAUGGGGCAGCCUGGGACAAGCGGAACAGCCGUGUAAUUGAGCAGACGCCCAAAGUACUCAAUGUAAUACUUCCUGUUGUCCAUAUUUUUGCAAUUAACACUGAGAGACCAAAAAGCAAUGAUAUCUAUGAUUGUCCUGUGUACAAGAAACCACAGCGUACUGAUCUCACUUACAUAUUUCCUCUCCUGCUCAAAACAAACAAACCUCCAGAGCAUUGGAUAUUAAGAGGUGUUGCUUUACUCUGUGAUAUCAAAUAAUAAAUUAAAAAUUUUCCAUAAAU